AUGGAUUUAAGGGCCCUAGACGAGCCUCCACCAUUGGAAGUAACUCAAAUUAACGAUAUAAACAUACUUUCUUGCUGGGAGCAGUGGCUGAAGCUCUCCUUCGGCACUUCAGACCUUCACAUCGUUAGAGCCUGGAAUCUUAACUCCCGUGCAACAGAAAUUGCAUUUGAGGCUCAGGCUCGGGCUCUGCGUGGACCCGUGUUAUAUUCAUUUUUAGACUGGGAUCGGAUCCCAGGCUCUCCUUCUUUUGAAGAUGUUCUUAAGGGACACCGAUUUGGUUGCAACUGGAGAGACAUUAUAUUUCCUGUCGGUGCUCUCGAGGCCCCCAAGGGUUUUGCUGCUUCUCCUGCUGGGGCUUUCAAAGUGCUCGUCUGCAAAAUCGCUGCAGGAAGCACUCUUGCACAUCAAGAUGCCGAAGGAGACUUUGAAAAGCGAGAGAUCCCAGCAAAUUAUUCUUCGUUGGCGCAUGUGCUGUCUUCACCCGCAACAAAUGAAGCGAAGCAAUCUCCUUUUCAAUUUGGGCAGUGCCCCAAUCAUCCUUCAGAAAUGCUCGACUGCGUUUGUAUGGUGUGCUUCGUCGCCCUCUGCCCGCACUGCAUUCUCAUUGGUCAUCACUCGGCAGCAGAUUUUUCUGAGCAUCCCCUCAUUUCAACACUCGACGCGUACAAGAUGAGCAUGCAAGGCACCUCCCCAAGCGAAGAGGCUGUGAAUCUGAGGCGAGAGAAGAUUAUAAAAGAUCUGCAAGAAAACCACCGGCUGUUGGCUCGGCUGCAUGCAAACUUUGCGUCUGUACACCGGAAGAUAGAUGACUCGAACAAGGCUUUAAUGGACCAGCUGCAAAUCAUAAAGAAGAAACAAGUCGGCUUUCUUCAGGCUCUCAAGAGGGAGCUGCUAACUGAGUGUCUCAUCAUUGAGUGGAUGGAAGCUUUCUUCUCGCAUUUGCGGCUGGCCUUGGGUCCCUCAGAUUAUCUGAGCUACCAACAUCGGCACGACUUGUUGGCUGCGGAUUUGUUUGGGGGCCCCGUUCGCAUCGAAACCUCGAGAGAGUUUUUGCCCCCUUGGACGACAGAAAAGCUCUUUCUUGACGGAGGGUUUAGGGUUUGCAAUACCCCCUUUUCUGUUCCUGAACUAACUGCCCCGCGCGUCGCAGAUGAUGACCUGCUUCGGGUGUUUCUGAAAGGAGUUGAGAAGACGGGGAAGCGGCGGUUGAAAAUUAAAGAAGUAAAAGGUGUAUCCAAUAAAAAUGAAGUAGAGUUUAUGUCUAAUGAUGAAGACGAAGACGAAGAAGGAGACAGCAGCAGCUCUUUAUCAGGUCUGAAGAGAGAGGGGAUUAGGCAGCUGUCUCUCUUUGUGUCUGUCUCUUUAUCUGUCUCUCUCUCUGUCUCUUUAUCUGUCUCUUUAUCUGCCUCUCUGUCUCUUUAUCUGUCUCUCUGUUUCUUCAUCCGUCUCUCUCUCUCUAUCUGUCCCUCUGUCUCUUUAUCUGUCUCUUUAUCUGUCUCCCUGUCUCCUUUGCUGCAUCUGUUGUCUCCUGAUCAGUGUAUAUACCCGCACCCUAAAUAA